AUGGCCGCCAAUUUCUACUUGUCGUCGCAUGCCAACUACCAUCUGCACCCGCGCUCGGCACUGCUCGCAGCCCGCGUCGACGAUCUGCGCCAUGCCACAGAACAGGAGAUCGCAUGGGUCGAAAUAUGGUCAGGAUCGGGCGAGUCUUUAUGCUUUGAUCUCGGUUGCACUUGUCAGGCUCUUGAUCUGAUUUCAUUACCCCCUUUUGCAAUCCCUCGCCCGUAUCCUCGGCGCCCCGUACCGCAUCCUGGACCCAAACACAGUCAUUCAAAAGUUGUGCAAGCGCCUCGGUCUACGCCAACAGGUCAUAGCCACCGCCAUCGUCUACUUUCGACGCUUCUACCUGCGCAACGCCUACUGCGACACCGAUUGUGCGCUCGUCGCCGCCGCGUGCUGCUACGUUGCCGCCAAGGCCGAGGAGACCCCGGUGCACGUCAAGAGUGCCGUCGCAGAGGCCAAGAUGGUUUUUCAUGGUUCGUUUCCGGAUGCCGUGAUUACAUCCGUGUAGACUUUGCGACUGACCAUGAGAGGAUGCCUCGUGUCUCAGACAUGGGUCUCGCCUUUCCCAGCGACAACACCAAAUUGGCCGAGAUGGAGUUUUACCUGGUCGAGGAACUCGACUUUCACCUCAUCGUGUUCCACCCUUAUCGAUCCUUGGUUCAGCUGUGUGGAAGAGAUGGCGGGCCAUCCGCAGGAGGCGAACAGGGACGACUGAACCGACAGGCGAUGCUCGAGAUGGAUGAACCGGCGCUACAGAUGGCUUGGUGGGUUGGGGUUGACGAAUCGAAUGCGGCUGACAAGGUGCUUGUCGGAACGACAACUCAUCUCACAUAUAUACCCUCACAGGUUCAUCAUCAACGACACCUUCCGAUCAUCGCUGUGUCUCGUCCAUCCUCCCCAUCUGAUCGCUUUGGCUGCAAUCUAUCUCGCCUUCUCCCUCCAUCCGCCACCCUCCGUGGUCAAAGAGACCGCCACAGCCAAUUCGAAAGAUCCAAGCAUCUCUGGACCAGCUUCUCGAACACGUCGGCGAUCAACCGAUGUCACCCCUCCGACUGCCCCUGGGACCCAAGCGACGACUUCUUCGACCGUGGCUACGACCGUGCCCACCGUCGGAGGUCGAACCGAUGCCAUCACCUUCCUGGCCUCGCUUCAAGUCGACCAUUCGCUUAUACUCGAGAUCGUACAGGACGUGAUAUCGCUGUACGAGCUGUGGAACCAAUUGGAGGCGUCGGCACAAGCGACCAGCCCCUCGUCGACGGCUUCACAGGGCGGACCUUCGGCAGCGCCCGUGUCGCGAACCGGCAUAGGUGGCGGUGCCGGUCGGACGACGAGCGUCAGCGCAGACGAGAAAGUCGUCAUCAUUCUCGCGAGGAUGAUGAAGGACCGACAUCGCGAGGUCCAGUCGGAGAGGGGCGGACGUGGGGCCACCGGCUGGAAGAAGUGA